AUGACUGAAGUCGAUCAUACUCCAAUGGACGAAUCCUUCGCUGCGUCCGAGGCGGCGGACGAGCAGUCCCACGGCGCAACCGCAAGCGCAACGGUUGGAACGAGGCGACAGGCGAAUGGCACUAUUGGCUCUGUGUAUUCGGGUAACAAAAUCCGACAUCUCAAGAAGGAGGAUGGCAUCCCCCUAUGGCGGAAGGAUAUUCAGUACCAGUUCCUUAAGCUUGUCUUCGAGGACAAGACUGCCGUUUUCACGCGAUACCCCGAUGGACAAAAGAAUAUGGACUUUGCCGAUAUCUACAUUGACGCCAUGGCACGGAGUAGCAAAACGAGCAAGAUCUUAAAGGAUAAAUUGCAGAAUGACAAACCCGCGGCUAUUAGUAUGGCAAUGGUCUGUCUGCUGGUCAAUUUCGGUCGCAUGAACACAACUCUCAACUUCUUCCCCGAAAUGCGUGCUCAGUUACGAACCUACCACUCAAUCCCUUCUCUCCAAGCCCACCAGGACUCGAAUGCUUAUAAACAGCUACAGGACGCUCCACGUCUGAAAUCCAUCUUGAAAGGUGCCUCCGAGGAUGUCGAUCAGCCGAAUACCUUAGACAAGAUCAAGCGCCAAGCAAUUCCUCGAACAAAUCCGGUGAAUUUGAUCUUCGUUUUGGCGCAAUAUGCACCAAAGGUGUCUGAGAUGCACUUCUUCCCUCCGCGGGACUUCUUUGACCUGGUCAUGAGGUCAACACUAAGCAGUAAAACUCGGGCAAGGGCAUUUCUGUGGUUGAUGUGGUGGUACCUGGAGAGUGAUUUCACCCGCGAAUCCGCGCUGAAGAAUCCAUUUGGACCGGGCCUUGAAGGCGAAGGGACCGAUGGCUUGCCAUUGAAGGUUCCGGCAUUUGAAAGCCUGACAGAGGAGCAGGCGAACGAGGAGAAUAUAGAUACACAGGAAGAAUUGGAUUACGGAGAGUCAAAGCGAUUGGAACGCAAACGUAUCCUAGAAGAAGAUGAACCGCUUCCUCGAGUUCCCAAGCGUUCAAAGAAAGACUACGGCCUAGAUGACGAUUCCUUUGCCGGUGACUAUUCCGGCCUAGGAGGUCGUGGGUCUGCAAUGUCUACGCCUCUCCAUCCAUCUGCCAAACGCAGUCUAGACGACGACGAUGAUGAUCUCACCCCGGGUUCUUCACGUCCACGCAACAAGCAGGUUAAGCGUGAAUCCUCUCUCAAUCGUGCUGUGGGCCAGCAACGACUCAUCCUCAAGACCAAAAUGGAUCAUACUCCUGAUGCUUCGCCUGCUCCACCGGGUUCCAAUCAUCCUGUGUUGAAUCGUUUCAUUCCUGAGCCAUCCCUUUCUCAAGCGCCUGGCCGUCGUCCCCGGCCCCUGACACAACACCAAAUUGCUGUUGAGCAGAACCGCCGCCAACGUGUUGAAUAUCUGCUUGCCAAACGCAAGAAUAAUGCCUACCGGGUGCUUCGCAAGAAGCGCGAAGAAGAGAUUCCUCUCGUCCGAUCUGGUCGCCUGCUCCAGAACCUGCCUGAUGGAUAUGACACAGAGGACGAAGAUAAGUCGUUUGGCAAAGCUGGCCUGCUUCCCAAUCCCGAAGAGGAAGAUGACUACGGCGAGUGUGCAAGCUUUUUCCUCUCUGUUGUGCGAAAGGCAGCUCGCCGACUUGAUCGCUGGGACUAUGAGGAUGCCAAUGGACCCAAGAAAGAUCGCCAGAAGGAACGUGAGGAACGACAGAGGGCCAAGGCCGCCCUCGAAGCAGACGUUCGAGCAGCCAAUAGUCGGGCUCGCCCCCGCGUGGUACGCAGUGCUGCUGCGAAGCGCAAGUCCACUGGUCCAACUUCUACCCCGGGAGCCGCCAAGAAGACUGCUUCUCGUCCAAAGGGUGGCCGCAGCCGCCCGCCUGGGAUUGAAGGUACCGGGGCAUCCUCUGUUGGUACUCCAACCUGGGACCCCGAGAACGCCGCUGGUGAUGAAGAGAUCGAGGGCGAACUCGACGAUAUUGACCGAGAACUGCUGGGUGAGGCAUCCGGUGAAGAAGAUAUCGCGCCGCGAGUCGGAGAUGUGGAGGGUGACUCCUCAGACGAAUCUGGCGAUGAGGAUGGUGAUGUAGAUGGCGAUGAAAAUUCCUCAACCUACGACGGCCCCAAUGGCUAUGCACGACAUGAGAGCUCUUCACCUGUUCCUGAAGGCGCUGUCGGCCGCCGCGAGGGGGCAGACGAUGCAAUGGAGGAGUGA